AUGCAAACCAGCAGCACAUUUCUUGCCUCGUGUUGUUGCUAGUCAAAUGAGCUCUUUUUUACCUGUUGAUCGUCCGUGUUGCUGGAACAGUCGUGUGUUAUGUGAACGUCUCUCAUAGCGAGAGAUCAUUUCCUUCUGUUCAGAGAAGCAGGUCACAGCUGAAGCAUCAAUAGCCUGGCAGCAGUCCUGUGAAGCUUCCCUGAAUCUAUAGGAUCCACAGGAAUCCAACAUGGGAAAGUUAUAUCUCAAGGAGAAAGUGUUUUUAUUAAUUUCUUCUCUGGUGUUGAUGUGCAGCGCUGCAGAGCGAGAGUACUUCCGUCAUGAUUGGCGGAACCUCACGUGGGCUGAGGCCAGGAAACACUGCCAGGUCUGUUUCAAAGAGCUGGUGACAGUGACACCUGAAAACAUCAAAACCAUCUCCCAGAAUCUCACCUCUGACAGCUGGGUCGGCCUCCGCAAGAACUUCUCCACCGACAAUUCCAUUAUGUCCUGGUCCCGCUGGGCCGACGGGGAACCCCUCAUCUUCCAGAACUGGUACCCUGGUUGGCCUGUGUUCAAAUCCUCCUCGGCAAAAACAUUCUGCUCAUGCAACUGUCCAGAAACGACGACGAGCUUCAUCGGAUUCACAGAAUCUACAAGCACAGCUGUGCCCACGAUGCCAGUAAUGUCAGAGUGUGUGCGAUCACCUGUGCUGUCGUCGGAUGACCCCGAGACUACAACGAACUACAUUGAAGACUCCUGCGUGGCUAUGCUCAGCUUUGGGGCCUGGGUUGAAAAGAACUGCACCGAGCUUCUGCCUUUCAUAUGUUAUGAAGAUCGUUUCUGUGGCCAAGCCACGGUCACCAACACCACUUCUGGGAGCGCUAUCCUCACAUGGCUACCCGGGCCCGGUGACAUCGACCUUUACCGCGUUGAAGUAACAGUCGACAGAGAGCUAAAACAAUUCCAGACCAAAAAUUUGACCUAUGACCUUGUCAACCUGGCAGCCGGCACCCACUGCUCCAUCCAGGUGUUCCCUGUUAAGUGCGGCAGAGACCUUGACCCGCAGGAGACCGCCUUCUACAUCAUACCAAACAAAGUGGAAAACCUCAAUGUCACCAACGUGACAGAAACCUCAGUCUACCUGAGCUGGAACAAACCAGCUGGAAACGUGACUUUCUAUCUCAUCGUGGUCCAGGGUGGCGAGCAGAUUCAAAGUAACACGGCGGGAAAAGAAGUCGACAGUUUGACACCUGGAAACCUGUACACAUUCACUGUCCUCUCCGGAGUCGGGGACGGUUCUACUUUGAGUGAAGGGACCAACGUCACAACAUACACCAAGCCUGGGAAAGUGUCCGACCUGAAGGUGUCUCAGAACACCAUCAACUCACUGCAGCUUAACUGGCAGCGACCUGAAGGAAACGCCACAGGUUUCAGGGUGAUGGCCAUGAAUGACAGUAAUCUCACGGUGUUUGAUAAAAACGUGGACCAAACAGAAGUAAAAGUAACACCGCUGCCAAUGGGCACCAAGAUAACCCUCAGUGUGACGGCACUGACGGCCAAUAACACCCUGGAGGGAGACAAAGUGACCGCCGUCGACUACACCGCUCCUGGACGAAUUACAAACCUGAUUUUGGAAACCACAUUUCACUCCCUCACUGCCACGUGGAUGUCAUCUGCGGGUACUGCUCUAUCUUUCAUCGUCAAGCUCCAUCUGGACGGCGAACUUGUAAAGACAAUACAGAACCUCACUGAACCCAGGAAGAGCUUUGACGGACUGAAGGCUGCAGCCAAUUACACAGUGAUUGUCUCCACCUUUAGUGGACAUGUCGAAGGCGCGCCAGUGGGAAGCUCCAACUUCACCAGGCUGUUGCCGCCUACUGAUGCCAAGAGGAUUUCCUCCGAUAAACGACAGAUCACCUUCGAGUGGACUACGGCUGAAAACAGAGCAAAAGUCAGUUACUCUGUCAGAAUCAACGCCAGCUUCUGGGGCCACGACUAUUCUGCUGUUGUGGAUGACAAAACCAGCUACACGUUUGAUAACUUGACGUCCGGGACUAAGUACACCUUCGAAGUGCGAAGCGAGGCGCAUGGACAGAGCAGUACUCCGGCAGUUGUGUCACAUUGUACAGAUGCAGAGAAAAGGGAAGUCAGUCUGUCUAUGUUGUGCUCCUCGACCGAGUCUCUCUUCUGUGAUAAAGACACCACGAGGGACACUGUCUUUGAACAGUUACGUGAACAUUUCAACGAGCUGUUGGGGGACAACAUUUUCUGGAAACUGGAGAAGCUGGAAGGAACACAAGAAGCCUAAUUACUUAUUAUUAUUACUGUUGAUUAAUUGGUAUUGGUGAAGGUAUUUUAAGUGUUUUCUAUCUUGGGUUUUUUUGCACUGUACUGCUGCUCAGGAAAUAUUGGGCCACAUUGUUUCAUAUUUAGUGAAAAGCAUUCAGAUUUUAUUUAAAUCUAGUUCCAAGUUUACCGAGCUGAUCGUGUCUUUUUUAUUUAGUAUUUUAAUUUUAACAGCAAAAUAAUAAUAAUAUAAAAAACUAUUUUAUACUUUUGCUGAUUUCCUCUUGUUUUAAAUGUCUUUUAUACGAUUGUUUUACCUGGAUGUUGUUUUGCAUACACGGCGCAUUUCCACCAGGAAUAGAAAAUAAAAGAUGCAAUUGAUGAUAAAAAAAAGACAUUUGUUGGUAAGUAAACAGAAAAAGACUUACUGGGUCAAAAUAGUAAAGUAGUGAGUCAAAUACUUGACUCAGUAAGUUCAAAUCAUGAGAUAAUAAACCAAACAUUUCACUUACUAAUUCAAAAAUACAAUGAGCAUUUUUGUUUUUACCAUGUUUAACUGUUUAUAUUAUUUCCUUCCUGGCAGAAAUUGGCUUCCUUUCUUCAGUAAAACAAUUAAGAAUUUAUCAUGUUCAA